AUGGGACAUUCAGACACUCAAGCUCAUUCGUCAAGGAACCACAAUUCUAGGCCGAUCACAAUUCAGAGCAAUCUAAUCGAGAUACCACCGUUGGGUGUGCCUGUUUCUAAUCCGGUGUCGUUAAUAAGCCAUACGAUUGUCAUCAGCACCGGCCGCCCGUACAUCGAGAGGUUACAGAUGUUCCCGAGCAGACAGCACAAAUUGGCGAAGAAAAAAUCAAAAACGGCCAAAUCGAGCAGCGCGUUCAAGCAUUCAAAGCCCAAAAACAAAGAACAUGGCAGCAAUAAGAUAAGAGUGACCGAAUAUAGGCCAAGAAGCGACGAAAGAGAGGACAAUGAAGACGACGAGGUGAGAGUGAAGUUGCACAAAAGGAAACCAGUGCGGUACGAAGACGUGCAAAGGUUCCACGAGAAGUUGGAGCAUUACCACGAAUCGGACGCGGACUUGGAGUCGAACGGCGAGGAGUGCUGCAGGGACGAGAUAUUCACGAGGGAGCAGCGGCCCCUCAACUACAUGAAGAGUCGCAACGACGCGUCAUUCAAGAAACUGCUGAAAACUCAGCAGAGAGUGACAGACAUGCUCGAGCAGAUGUUAGCGAGGACCAAAGCGGAACAACCGGUCAGUGUGGAGACCGCG